UUCGCAUGUGUCUAUGUGUUUGUGUGAUACAGGGUGUCUGCAAGCGACAAAAAGAAAAAAAGAAAAGAAAAGAGAAAAAUACAAGUAAAACCCACAUCUGUACGUCUGUUAAUCAAUCUCGGAGCAGCGAGAGCAGCGCAGCCGAUUAAAUCCAAUCCCAGUAGUCAAAACUCGACGCUCGGGACAAAACUCAACUCUCUGUUUUCGUGGCUGUCGCAUUUGCGUUUUGAUUUUCAGCGGGCGCAGUUGCGUGCCAGCCAAUGUGUGUGUUGGUAUUGUGUGCGUGUAAGCAUUUAAUCACAAUAUUUAAAAAGCAACCCCUAUCAUCAUCAUAACAUCCCCAAUGAUCAUCGGGUCCUCAAAAAACAAAAAAAAUAAAUAAAUAUAUUUAUACAACUCAAAUAACACACACACACAGUCGGCUGUAGAAUGGAAUUUAUGAAAUGGGGACUUCCCCUACUGUUAGCCACUUUGGUGGCCUUUCAACAACCCACACAAACGGAAGGAGUGAUCGAAGAUGUUCUGGACAUCAUCCAUGUGGUCAAAGAGGUCACCUCCGGUGUUCUUAAAGCCUGGGACAUUGUACAAUCAUCGCCUUUGGCGGCAAAUAUUGACUUCCCCUUGAUGCGGGAAAAACAGAAGAAGGUCUUGCAGCGCUUAAAAGAAGUUAGCAAGCAAAUAGAUCAAACCGAAGAUCAGCACGCUCAGUAUGUUGCCUUGGCCAUUGAAUCGGUGACGAGUUUCAUGCACAACAAUGCUCCAAUUAUGGCUAAGAUGAACGAUAUCUCAGAUACGAUCAAUAGGAUCUCAUCGCGAUAUCAACAGAUGCAAAAAUACGAGGCUUACAAGGACAAAUUGGAAAUGUCUACGCUUAUAACGUUUGCUGAAUGGACAGUUUCUCCGAACGCCCAUUCAGUUCACCAUUUGAUGGAUAGACUGCAUAUCACACUACUUGGCAACGAGGAUAGAUCUUCUAAUGUAACGUCCACCAACCUGCUCCAACAACUGGCCACCGCCUACGAGGUGUCCAACAAUCAGAUAUGCAACACAAUGCAAUCGCCCCAACAGUUUAUUUACUCGCUAUAUGCAGACAUAGCUCUGACUGAACUGAAAGCCUACACGAUGAUGGAAUUCUCAUGGAUGAUGCUGCGGGUUUACGGCAGGGGCAACUACACUCAAGAGGCGGAACUUAUGCGAUUGGACUACGAGAAGAGGACAGAACGAACACUGAAAGUGCUUAAAGAUGUGAUGUUGCGAGCGGAUCGUAUUGUUUAUCGAUGCGAUCCGUCAAAACAUGUACAGGGUGUUACCUACGAUGAGGUAACCAGGCUCCUGCAGGGUUAUAUUGAAAACGAAGUGGAUUUAAAUAACGAGGAAACCUGCCGAGAGACUUGCGACUUUUACCAGUCCACACGCAGCGAGGGCUGUUUCAAGGAUCUCUACUGUUCACGCCAGCCGAAAUGUUCCGGUCGUCUGUACAACUGUCAGUUUGUCGACUCCGACAUGUGGGUAUGUCCAUCGCCACAGAACAGUGUCAGGCGCUACGAGUUCAUCGAGUACGAGAACGGACGCGUUCUUGGACAGCGGGGUAAAUGCACUAGAGGCACAACCAAGGUAGAGAGCUGGUGGCGUUACCUCUUCUGGCACUGUAGCUACUGCUUUUGCCUGUGCGAUGAGCAGGGUCUUAAGUCAGAUCGAUUCUUCAACCUGCGGGAUACAAUCGCCGACGUGAAGCGCAACAGGAUCGUAACUGGCUUGCGUUUUGUGAAAAAAAAUAGAAUUUUCCACAUUCAAAUCCAAGAAGGUGAACUCCUGCCACGCGGUUCUGUCAACCAGAGCACCCUUGAGUGGAAGCCCGUAGAGAAUUACAACUUCUUUGAUCGUGAUGUUAAAAAGGGGGUAGACUAUCACAUGAUGAGCUACGAAAGUCGAACCAUCGAUCUGGACGAUGUUGAUACAGACGACAACAGCUUUGUGAUCACCGGCGUCAGAUUUCGAGUGGUGGGCGCCCAUUUGAAUUUGGAGGCCUACUUCAGCGAGUUUGACUUUAAAACGGGCCAGCUACUCCAGCCGGAAGCCAGAAGCUAUUGGAAGUCCAAUGAUAAUACCGAUGUCAGCGGGACACGUAGGGAGAAACUGCGUCUAAAUAAUGCCGACGUGUCCACGCGGACGAUAACUCACUCGAUACCUCUGUCACGCCACAAUCAGUGCAUCGACUUUACCAACACAGGACUGGACAAGGAUGCCGCCCAAAGCACUGUGCCCUUUAUUGACAUUCAGGACGUCAUAUCAAAUCCACCAGUACCAUUAUCCGGCAUUGGUAUCUACUACAAGGGUCGAAAUGGCUAUGGCGGCUUCUUGGGCCCCAAGAUCAUAACCUACGACUUUACGCCCCACGUUCAGGUACCAAAGAACAAGUUCUAAAGUGACAAAAGGUCAGAGAGGCGGUGCUGUUCCAUCCCGCACAUAUGUCAUAGCUUUCUUAGUUUUACACUACCUAUCAAUACACACUUGCUAUUACUGUCGCGUAAUCUAAGUGAAAUCAGAGGAAAACGAAGCGGAGGAGACGCAGAAUUGGGAAAGACAAGAAUAUAACUAUUGGAAUUUAGCCAUAACAAACAAAAAUAAAGAGAAUUUGAAUCUGA